AUGUCAAAGUACGUCUUCCCCAAGGCUCUCAAGGAGUUACGGAUCCACUUCAGCCAGUCUGGGCCCGGAUCAGAGACCAUCAAAACCUUUUUGACCAAGACAUAUCCUGCCCUCAAGAAGAACAACCCCAACACACCUAUUCUCAUUCGGGAGGCUCUGGGCAUCAAGCCUGUUGCAUACGCUCGUUUUGAGUAUGGACAAGAAGCUAAGGCCGAUCUUAGCAAUGCCAGUGAUGUUGCAACCACUCUCAAGGAGCUGAUUGAGCGCCGCUAG